CCGUCAAACCCCUCACAAACUCCAGAACUGAGAAAAUCAAACAUACAACAACAAUAAUUUUUCUAUUUUCCGAUGGCCGGCCUCCAGUACAACUUCUUCCCCACCGACUUCUUCUACCCUCGUACAGAAUCCGUUCCUUCAGAUGUCACCCGCAAAGCGGCGGCGGGGGCAGUUGCGUUUCCGACCCCGAAGACAGAGUCCGCUGCUGAUGAUGAUAAGCCGAUGACGGCAGCCAACAAGGGUGCCGUUUCCAUGCGCAGGGGAGAGGGAAGAAAGGAUCAGCAAAAGGGAGUGAAAAUUUCCAAGAAUUCGGUUUCUUGGACGGUUUUGAAGCCGGAAGAUUUCUCUGGUUCUUCUUGAACAACAUCUAUAGAUAUAUUAUUUUUUGUUUUGUAAUACUAAUUAAUUUGCACUAUGUUUUACUCUUACAUGUGUCCACCGUUUUACAUGAUUUGUCAGGUUACUGGGUUGGUAAUCUGAAUCAUGUAAGCCAAUUAUGAUUGCAAGGUCUGGCAGUAUAAAAACAUACCCUAUCUUUUGGUUAGGGAAUAAGUUGGUUUUUAGACUCAAAAAUCAAAGUUUAAAGUUAUUGAAACAUGUUAUGUUUCUUAGAACUAGAGAAGGGAUUCAAAUUCUUGACUUCAACUCAGAAAAUGAAAGUUUUGAAGAUAUUGAAUACCAAUUUGCUCAAUUCUCUUUGAUUCAAAACAUAUAUGUCAUCUUACUUUUAAGGGAGUAUUUCACUAGAUAUGAGCUCCGGUGUUAAUAAGAUUUCAAGCUUUUAAGCUUUGGAAUCUUGAAAUUAGUAUAAAAGACUUUUGGAAAGGGAAUGACUAGUGGAAACUAUAAACAACCUGUAAGAAGAGGUAGUUGGGUAACCCAAUUUCUCAUCUAACUCAAUUUGAGAAAACCACACCAAACACUCUGUUCUAUAGACAGGGUGACCAGCCCCGAUGACUUUAACA